AUACAACUGGUGCAGCGUGGACUACAAGCUAAUGCUCAACAAGUGGCUUGUGGACAGAGUUGCGAGAUCUCCUAAUAGCUGUGAUUGAGAAGCUUUCCACUCCGUUUUUAUUUUAGAGAGACAUCCAACUUUGUGAGAAUUCAAAGAAAUGAUCAUGCACGUUUUGGUUCAUGUUGAAUUUAUUUUCUGAUAGUUGCUUUUUGGCGUUUGAUUCGGUCACAGGACCCCGGCUGUAAAGAGACUUCACCUGCGCCGGAUUUGUUUGACCUGAUUAGAUUAGUUCGGCCACUUUUAAUUGACUGCUUUACACACUGAGAGUAGUUCAGACUAGUGUGUAUCAUGAUGUACAGCAUGAUGGAGCAUGAGCUGAAGACCGCGGGUCAUCCUCACUCUCACCAGAGCGGUCCAGGCAUGUGUCCUCCGGUCAGCGGGGUUGGAUCAAAAACGGCCUGUCCGCCCGGCGUGGACCCCAUGGACAAAGUGAAGCGUCCCAUGAAUGCGUUUAUGGUCUGGUCCCGUGGUCAGCGGAGAAAGAUGGCACAGGAAAACCCCAAAAUGCACAACUCCGAGAUAAGCAAACGCCUCGGAGCGGAAUGGAAACUUCUGACGGACGUGGAGAAGCGGCCGUUUAUCGAUGAGGCCAAAAGAUUGCGCGCCGUACACAUGAAGGAAUAUCCCGAUUAUAAAUACAAGCCUCGGCGCAAGACGAAACCUCUCCUCAAGAAGGACAAUCCCAUGGGCAAAUAUCCUCUUGCGCCUGGCAACCUGUUGGCAUCCGCCGUGGCACAGGGACAAGGUGGGAGCCCGAGAAUGGACAGUUAUGGCUGGGGUCACACAGGUGCUUAUAUGGGGAUGCAGGGGGAAACUCUGGGAUACCCGCAGCAACUGCACCGCUACGAACUGUCAGCUCUUCAGUACCCUCCGACACAGAGCUACAUGAACGGCGCCAGCUCGUACAGCCAAAUGUCCUAUAAUGGCAGCCCUCAACAGCCCAGUCCAGUGAUGUCUAUGGUCAAACCAGAACCCUUAUCCCAUUCCCCUACUGGAGCACCAAACCCCCACCGUGGGGCAUUCCAAGGGGAUCAGAGGGACAUGAUCAGCAUGUAUAUUCCAGAGGGUUAUGCCAAUGAUGGCUCAAACCAGAGGGCCUACCAUGGUGUCCAGCAACAUUAUCUUGGUGGAACGGUUCCCCUCACUCACAUGUGAAGUUUGGAAAACAAGCUGGACCCAUACUAGGACUAUUGUGACACACAUAGCCUUUAUGGAUUGCUGAUGGAUGAUUAGAACUUCUGGUUAUUUGCUACCUCGAAGUAUGCUGAACCCUUGUAGAAAAUUGAGCUGUUUGAGUCUGUUUUCUCACUGUGUCACACCAUGUCCUAAUUUCUCAUGAUGGACCUUGUCAGUUUGCUUUUUUUUUAUUAUUAUUUUUUUUUUAUUAAAUAGACGCUUAUUUUUUUAAUGCAGAUGUUUUAGCUCAGAGAUCUAUUUUUAUUUUUAUUUUCUUUCUUAAACUCGUAUUGAUUUUUACAGUGUUUAAUUAUAUGUUGUACAUUGUUUCGAACGCAGGCUGUUUAUGCAUCUCUGGGCGAUCUUGAUCAGAAAUCUAACUGGGGUGCAAAACAGGGCACUCUGAAAACGGGUCGUUCCAUAAUUAUCACAAUGGCUGGUGACAUACAAUCAGUGUGAUCUUGAGAAGUGUAAGAACUAGUUUGUUUUCAGAACCCUGAUGUCCCUUGUAUGCCCAAAACUGCUUGGCACAGUGAGUAGCUGAGUGAUGGGUCAAGUUGGCCAUUUGAUGUUGUUCUAACACCGCAUGUUUAGUUGUAUGGGAGGAUACCAUAAUUUUAAAAGUAUUAGAUCUCAGGGUUUUCUUCACAGAAAUGGAUGACAGCAGCUAUAAUAUUGCCUCUAAUUAGAACCAAGAUUGGAAAGUAAUUUAAUUUCUGUCGCUAGCUGCCUUGAAGUUUUCCUGCUUUUAACAGAUCUUCUUUGAUACCAUACCGGUGUGAGCAUACUUUAUGUUUGUGAAUUUUCAGUUUGUAGUCCAAGAAAAUUGCACUCUUAAAUGGUCAACUGUUUUGGCCUUAUUUUCAGAUUGCUAAAUGUUAAGUUUGUCUGUCUUGACAUUCCAGCCUUUCCAUCUAAUGGGUCCAACUGUGAUCCACUGAAUGCACUGAUCUUCACUUUCAGUCAAUGCACUUCAUUAGACUAGGCCAGUGGUUCCCAGCUCUGUUUCUGAAGACUUCUAACCCCUCCUCCAACACUACACAUUUUGGAUAUCUGCCUAAUCAAUCACACCUGAUUUAAUUCAUCAGCUUGGUAGUGGAGACUCCAAGACUUGAAUGGAGUGUGUCAGAAAAGGAAUAGGCCUAUAUGGAGGUGUGUGUGUGUGUGUGUGUGUGUGUGUGUGUGUGUGUGUGUGUGUGUGUGUGUGUGUGUGUGUGUGUGUGUGUGUGUGUGUGUGUGUGCGUGUGCGUGUAUGUGUAUUUAUCACUUUGUGGGGACCAAAUGUCCCCAUAAGGAUAGUAAAACCCGAAAUUUUUGACCUUGUGGGGACAUUUUGUUGGUCCCCAUGAGGAAAACAGCUUAUAAAUCAUACUAAAUUAUGUUUUUUGAAAAUGUAAAAAUGCAGAACGUUUUCUGUGAGGGUUAGGUUUAAGGGUAGGGUUAGGUUUAGGGGAUAGAAUAUAAAGUUUGUACAGUAUAAAAACCAUUAUGUCUAUGGAAAGUCCCCAUAAAACAUGGAAACACAACAUGUGUGUGUGUGUGUGUAUAUAAAAUAAUUUGGGGUGGUUGGGAACCACUGGACUAGGCAAUUUAGACUAUUUAUAGACUAUUAGACUGUUUACUGUGGUUUUUCUCAUUCUGACACAUUAAUUCUGCUUUCAGUGCAGAGUGGUUGACCAGUGUGUUCAAUGGAAAACACUUGACUGAAAUAUUUUUUUUUUAGUAUGAACUUCUGUUGUAGCCUGACCUUGCUGAGUCAUCAAGUCCUUGCAGCAAAACACAACACACGUUUGUCAAGGUUUUGGGAUUUGGUUUGAAAUGAGUAAACGGUGUAGGUAUUUUUUUUUUUAUGGCAGUCAAAAAAUAUGUCUGUCAGCCUGACGUAUUGCUGUUUUAAAGCUGCAGUCAGUUAGUUACUAAUAUUGUGGUCAGUUAUGUGAUAAUUUAAGACUGAAACUCAAGUUUACAUUUCCAUCAAAGUGAGUCUGUAGCUUGUGGUUUAAAUGUUUGGGUUUUUUUUUAAUACAGGUUGUAAAUACCUUUUUUUUUUUUUUUUUUUUUUUUGUACAGUGUAUAUUUCUUGAUUUGUGUGGCUCUUAUAAGAGCCCAUUUUACAGAAUAAAAAAAAUACACAAAAUAAA